UACUUGAGCAAAGCUUUACAAGAGAUGUCAAUGCAUGUCUGUGAUCAAUUCCUCCCUGUGGGAAGGGACAUGCUUAAUUGCCUGAACUCAUGAUUAGGUGGACUCGAUGAGGUUCUUUGCAACAGGUUUUGCCGCUAUAAUCAAAUCUUGUAGAAACAGAUUUUAUGCAAACGGUGGCAUGCAAUUUUUUGAAUUAGGUUUCCCUCUUUCUCCUCUUCCAUAUUUGGUCUAUCUGAGUAGCUAGGAGUACUGAGGAACGGUUAAGACAAUAUACAGUUUCUUUCAUCAAGUCAUCUUGCAUGUUUUAGUGUUGAUCAUCUUCUAUCACGAAGACUGACUCAGACAAUGACAUCAUGAAUCUUUCAACUAUUCAAGUCAUUGGUUAUAAUGCAAGAGGGCUGUUCAAGCAUAGAUACUUUAAUAUAAAAAGGGAAGGAUUUAAUCAAUAACCACCAUAGAGAUAUAUGUGGGUACAUGCCAAACAACAUGAGCAGGUAGGAGACUGUCCUUUUACAGAUGCUUAUUGUGAACUUCACUUCCACCUUUUUUAGUGAAAAUUCUGUGAAUUAUCAUGCUUCUAAAGCUUAAAAAAAUGUAUGGCAAUCCUGUGAACCAAUUAUUUUCUGUGAGCUGGGGGGGAAAAGAUGAUAAUUAUAUUUCCUCUGAGAGGGUCCUGAUAAAAAUGAGACAGGUCUCUACAAGAACACUGACACAGUUGUUCAAUCGAGUUAUUUUCGCAACACAAAUAAUCAAAACAGUGUUGAAUUUUGAUGUCACUUCUGAAUUUAGUCCAUUUAAAGAUCGUCUGCAGGAGUUCACCCUGAAACCUUCCGGUUUAUUUCUGAUGUUGGUAUUUUUCUGUACUUUCUGAAACAACAACCUUCAAUUGUCAAAACAAAGCCAUUGUUCCAUGUUAGUUUCACAUUUAUACUGCUUGUAAAGGCUCAUGAUUUGAAUGUAUUCAAAUGAUUUACUGUCCACUGAGCACAGAACAGUGAAAAACUAUUUAUACCACAAUUACAUUGUUGAGUGGAGGACCCCGUUGAUGGCUGUGGGUUUUCAGAGAUUAUGGAUUUAAUAUCAAAGAGAAUGGAAAAUCAGUCAAGGAGAUGCAAGACUGAAUGGAGGUUAAAGACCAUCAAAUAUCCCCCUCCCCUCUUCCUCUCACUCUCUCUCUCGCUCGCUCUCUCUCUCUCACACACACACACACUUGCCUGCUUCUGUUAAUUUCUCAACCAGACUAUCAGAAGCAAAAUUUCUCUCUAGCUCUCAGAGAUGCCACAUGGAUUUACAGAUUAACACUGUAUAAAUAUCUUGAAGCUAUUUGCUUGAGAGAGCACACUAAGAACAAAAGGACGGUAAGUCAUGCCAUUUUAAGGAUUUUUACUGAACAAACAAAAAAGCUUUUGGGGAUGAGUCAUUUUAGUUCAGAGGAAACAAAUGCUCUAAGGCAAUCUCUGUUUUGUGCUUCCACUUGCAUGUUAUUAGACUUUGUACAUAUAUUAUUUUAUUUCUGAGUUUAUCGCCCAGGAAAGUUUCUUGCUGCUCUUGAGACUCAGCUGAUUGCCUGCUGGCUUCAUCAAAAUAUAAUAGAGCUCGAGGGAAAAUGACUCAGGAAGAGAGUAUAGUUUGUUUCCUUUUAACUGCUGGUUUUGCAGGAUAAUUAAAAACCCUGUAUUUAAUAUAACCACAAAUACAUUUAAUUCACGUAGCAGGACACACAAUUCUUACAAUAUAUUUAAUAUAAGAGAGCACAGCACUCUUUAUUCUUCAUUAUAUCUUUUACCUUCAGUGUCUCUCUGAAGCUUCGGGACUGAUCUAUCCUCUCAUCUCCUCUUUGUGUGCUGCUGUGGGUCGGUGCAGGACACUCAUGGGAGAUAUUGGCUCACAAGGGGGCUCGCCCAUUCACCCAAUGUUCCUCUCCAAGCUGCCCCCCUCUGCAGACCUGGCUGUUGCAGCCUUCCUCACCUUUACUGGUUUGACAUCAGUGCUGGGAAACGGCAUGGUGUUAUUGUUCUACUGUAGAAAAAGAAAGAAGCUCAGACCUCCAGAGCUCCUCACCAUCAACCUGGCUCUAUGCGAUUUUGGCUAUGGCCUCUUUGGGGCGCCAUUCUUCAUCAUUUCAAGCCUGUGCCAUGCCUGGGUGUUUGGGGAGACGGGGUGCCUCUGGUACGGCAUUCAGGGCUUUGUGUUUGGCAUCGGCUCUCUUCUCACCACCUGUCUCAUCUCUGUGGACCGCUGCCUUAAGAUCUGCUGCUCAAGAUACGGUCAAUGGGUUGAGAGAUGCCAUGUCUCUCUGUCCAUAUUGCUGAUGUGGAUUUAUACACUGUUCUGGGCCCUGCUGCCUGCUUUUGGCAUUGGAAGUUACGGAGCAGAACCUUAUGGGACCAGCUGCACCAUCAAUUGGUGGAAAAUGAGGUCAUCUCUAUAUGACAAAACUUAUAUUUUCCUCAUCCUGACAUUGUGCUUCGGACUGCCAGCGCUUGCCAUUGUCAUUUCAUAUCUGGCAAUCCUGCUGACGGUCAACAGAUCUAAUCGCAAUCUGGCAUCUAUAUCGUCCUCAUCUGUCAGUCACACCAGCAAAGAAGUGAAAUUAGCAAAGAUGGCAGCUGUAGUGUGCAGUAGCUUCCUCCUGGCCUGGAUGCCCUACGCUGCUGUGUCUCUGAUCUCUGCACUCCUUCCCAGACACCAAGAGGUAGGAGGCACUUUACUUUCUAUGAAGGAGGAGACCGCGGGUCCUAAUGUUCCCAGGAUCUUUGAUGUACCCUCUUUGCUCAACUGGACUACUGCAGAAUAUUACACACAAAUCCACAACAAUCCUGAGAGUAAUCGGAGUGAAGUGAGCAGCACCACUUCUGCCUCCAUCACCGGCCUGAGUGAGAAAGAAGCUGAGCCAGUGACCACGAUCCCGCAGUUGCACUCUUCUCUGCAACCUGUAGUCACCUUGAUCCCUGCUUUGUUUGCGAAGUCUCACUCCAUGGUCAACCCUUUAAUCUACCAGAUAAUGAACAGGGCGUUCAGGGAUGAUGUCUACGUCAUGGUGUUCGGCCAAGAGAUGGCAGGGAGGAGGCGCAUGCAAGGGAGGAAUCAGAGUUUAUGUGAAAGCGGACUCAGCAGUUCGUAUCGCCAUAGCUGGAGGAGGAACAAGAGUAUGGGUAUGUUUGUAGAAAGAAAACACAUAAAUUUGAAGAAUACAGAAGAACACAGCCACCCAGGGAGCAGUAGAGGAAGAUCAAAGUCGUGGGCAGACAAUAUCUCAGUCAGGACUGAUGCUUUGGACUCUUUGGAGACUGCAGGAGAUAUGGAGAGACACUUCACUGAAGUUGGACAGAAGAAAUCCAGCAAUGACUGACAGAUUGAUUAUAGAUAGACAGAUGGUGCAUGGAUGGAUAGGUGGGUGCAUGGAUUGAGAAAUAGAUAUACAGUAUAUAUAGAUAUAUAUAUAGAUAGAUAGACAGACAGACGGACAGACAGACAGAGGAAUGGAUGGA